AUGGCCUUCUCUUAUAAAAUAUCAGAACAGAGCACAAUUCCUGAGCACAUUUUGCAGAGCUCCUUUCAUCACUUAAUCUCUGCUAACUGGUCGGGAUUACAGACAGAAUCGAUACCAGAGGAAAUGAAACAGAUUGGUGAGCAACAGGGAAAUAAACCGCGCUGGGCAGCUCUUCUGAUACUCAUGGUGAUAAUACCCACAAUUGGUGGGAACGUCCUGGUUAUUCUGGCUGUUUCACUGGAGAAAAAGCUGCAGUAUGCUACCAAUUAUUUUCUAAUGUCUCUGGCAGUGGCUGAUUUGCUGGUUGGGUUGUUUGUGAUGCCGAUUGCCCUCUUGACAAUAAUGUUUGAGGCUAUGUGGCCCCUCCCACUUGUUCUAUGUCCUGCCUGGUUAUUUCUUGACGUUCUUUUUUCUACUGCAUCCAUCAUGCAUCUCUGUGCCAUUUCCGUGGAUCGCUAUAUAGCCAUCAAAAAGCCAAUCCAGGCCAAUCAAUAUAACUCACGAGCCACAGCAUUCAUCAAGAUUACAGUGGUAUGGUUAAUUUCAAUAGGCAUUGCCAUUCCAGUACCUAUUAGAGGGCUAGAAACUGAUGUGAGUAACCCAAGCAAUAUCACCUGUGUGCUGACAAAGGAUCGUUUCGGCAACUUCAUGCUCUUUGGCUCACUGGCUGCUUUCUUCACACCUCUGGCAAUCAUGAUUGUCACCUACUUUCUCACUAUCCAUGCUUUACAGAAGAAAGCUUACUUGGUCAAAACCAAGCCACCUCAACGCCUAACGUGGCUGGCUGUGUCUACAGUUUUCCAAAGGGAUGAAACACCUUGCUCAUCACCUGAAAAGGUGGCAAUGCUGGAUGGUUCCCACAAGGACAAAACUCUGCCCAACUCAAGUGAUAACAUACUUAGGCGAAGAAUGUCCACAGUUGGAAAAAAGUCCGUGCAGACCAUUUCCAAUGAGCAGAGAGCCUCCAAGGUUCUAGGGAUUGUUUUUUUUCUCUUUUUGCUUAUGUGGUGCCCCUUUUUUAUUACAAAUAUAACUUUAGUUUUAUGUGAUUCCUGCAACCAGACUACUCUCAAAAUGCUCCUAGAGGUAUUUGUGUGGAUAGGCUAUGUUUCCUCAGGGGUGAAUCCUUUGGUCUACACCCUCUUCAAUAAGACAUUUCGGAAUGCAUUUGGCCGAUACAUCACCUGCAAUUACCAGGCCACGAAAUCAGUGAAAACUAUCAGAAAAUGCUCCAGCAAUAUCUACUUCCGAAAUCCAAUGGCAGAGAACUCUAAGUUUUUCAUGAAGCAUGGAAUGCGAAAUGGGAUUAAUCCUGCCAUGUACCAGAGCCCAAUGAGGCUCCGCAGUUCAAACAUUCAGGCUUCCUCAAUCAUUCUACUAGAUACACUUCUCCUCACAGAAAAUGAAGAUGACAAAACUGAAGAGCAAGUCAGUUAUGUAUAG